UUUCACGAUGAUUCACCUGGCUGUGUUCUUGUGCGCAUGCGCCUCUCUGCUGGCCCCGGUGGCCUCCCAGGAUAUUUUCAACAACAGGGAAUCGUUCUCUCAGAGCCUGACUCUCGCACGCAAGAUUCACACCGACGUCCACGCUCUGCUGAGCAAAUACAAGGAAGUGCACAUUGGAAGCAAGUCCUUCGAAGACUACAGCCUGCUGAUGAGCAGCCUGCCGACCGUCAACUUGAAGUACACCAGCUGGCUGGAAAUGGAGGACAGCGAGAGGCUCCUGGUCAACUUCAAGGAUCUCCACAUCUUCUGGAUCCACGUGGACGCCAAGCGCAUCUACGAGCUGGAAAGCGUGCCCCGGAGCCAGCUCGCCCAGAACAUGCAGGAGGUUCUGCUGGACAUCCGGGAUCUGCAGUACCAGAUGAAGCACCAGCUGGAAUCUCUGGAAACCCCGGCUCCUGAAACCCUGAGCCAGUCGGUACCUGACGCCCUGCUGAACCCCCAGAAUGAGUGGCUGAGCAAGCUGCAGGGCUAUAUCAUCCUGAGAGAUCUGGAGAGGUACCUGGGCAAGGUGGUGCGCGACUUCACCCUGCUCAGGACCAAAUACCAGCAGUGAGGACCAUCUGAGGCACUGCAGACCCUUAGAACAGUUUCACCACAGUAAAAACACAGCAGGUGCAAUAAAGCACAUUGAAAGCAUGGGAAAGCAUAGCGAAGCAUUGCAAAGCACAGAGAGGUCUGGUAAAAAAUGAUGUGCAUUAAAAUGCUGUGGUAAACUUUUAUAAGGGGUCCAGUUAAUAUUUAUUAUAAAUUGCAAACGCUUCUAUUUAUUUUAUUUAUUUAUUUAUUAUUAUUAUUAUUAUUAUUAUUAUUAUUAUUAUUAUUAUUAUUAUUAAUGUGACAUUAUUGUUUAUUUAUUAUGACUCCCACAGAAUCACAAACAGUAAUACAAAAGGUAAAACAGUAUAUAUGUUGAGCUUCACAGUGUCAUGUGCUACUGUGGUGUUUAAGAGGGCUGGGAAGUAACAGCAUUGAUAGUUCUAUUAAAGACAGUAAGUUGUUCAUACAGCACACAGUUCAGAG